UCUAGAAUGUCUGCGUUCUACUUUUUGUCACAGCCUGAGCUAUGAUGUUUGUUGUUGAUUUUAUAAAGAACCUGCCCAUGGCUGAUCAGCGUGGCGACAGACUUCCUCUUAACGACCCCACAGUUCCUUGCAAUGAGAUUGAUGCAAACUCCCUCUGACAUCACACUGGGCUGCCACAACCCAAGGACUACAGAUGCUUGGCAAAACCAGGGACUUUCGAUAUAUCUAGGGAAGAAGUUCACCUGUAGAACUCUUGCUGGAAAGUCUGAAAAUUAAAUAGGGCCUUCCUUGGCCUAGGGUUAUUCACUGCAAAAAGUUUUCAUAGAUUCCCAGGAUUUCUACUUUAAUUUUAAUUUUCUUGGAUGCCUUCUUUUAAAAAGCUGGACUAUUGAAAUUUAGACAGUUCACAAAGAAGUUGGCUGGAUGUUGCAAGCUUGCAAAAUGGAAGGAUUCCCCCUCAUUCCCCCUCCCUCUGAAGAGCUGAUAUCCUAUGACUCAGACCCUUAUAGACAGUCCCAUGACAGUUACCAGUAUCUCAACAGUGAUGCAGAUAGUCAUGGUGGUGAAUUGCUUUUAUCUCCAGCAGACCACUAUUGGGAAUAUCACCACCAUCCCUUGCACUCUGAUUUUGAGACCUUUGGGGACAAUCACUUUGCAGAGCUCCAAAGUGUACAGCCACCACAGCUGCAACAGCUCUACCGGCACAUGGAGAUUGAACAGAUGCACGUUCUAGACUCUGGGAUCCCUGUUACACACCUUGGGCUCAGCCACAACCACCAGGUUACCUUUGUGCCUCGCAUGUGUGUGUACCCCCCUCAACCACGUAGUUCUGACGAAGAAGACCUAGAAAGACAAAGCCCCCCUCUGGAAGUAUCAGAUGGGGAGACUGAUACUGGGGAAACUGUUCCUGGAAUUAUGAGUGGAGAAGCAGGCAGCAAGAAAAAAAUCCGACUGUACCAGUUUCUUCUUGACCUGCUUCGGAGUGGAGAUAUGAAGGACAGUAUCUGGUGGGUAGAUAAGGAAAAGGGUACUUUCCAGUUCUCCUCCAAACAUAAAGAAGCCCUCGCUCACCGCUGGGGCGUUCAGAAAGGUAACCGCAAGAAAAUGACCUAUCAGAAAAUGGCACGAGCAUUGAGAAAUUACGGCAAGACCGGGGAGGUCAAGAAAGUCAAGAAGAAGUUGACCUAUCAGUUUAGUGGCGAAGUGAUGGGCAAGGGCAGCAUGGAGAGGAAGCACUAUGCUCUUUGAACAGAAGUCCUGAAUUUUGAAAAGUCAAAUAACAAGGAUACAUGAGCUGGACUUAAGGCAAUGAUGAAUGACUGAACAAUACAUGUAACCCAAUGCCUGCCAUUCCUGUCAUUUUGAGAUAUUCCAACAUCGAAUGUCUUUGGUACGAAUGUCUUUCUUCCAACAAGCUGGAUAUAGCUGUGGCUUUUUAAAAAGAAAGAAAUGUAUAGCUAUGCCAUGCUGUAAUUAAAAUGUGAGGAUGGAUGAAAGGUUUUUUUGUCCUUCACUUACAGCUUUUGAAGAAGCAGUAAUGGCUCUGCUAUAUUUCUCUAUAGCUAAAGAGAAAUUUGCAGAUUCUGAAAAUAUGUCUGAUAGUACUAGUGUGUAAAUAUUUUUAAAAGUGAGAUAUAUCCUGAAUUUAUACUCUCUGCUUUUCUGGAUACUAAUAUGUUAUUUUAUUCAUUUUUUUAUUUUUUCAAAAUGUCUGCUGUCAAAAAUUGAAAAUAAUGAAUCAAAAUGUGAUUAAAGGCCCAUCUAGACAGUCCCAAAAUGCGGGGUCAGUCUUAGUUUUUACCAGAGGCAUUCAAACAACACCUCUGGUAAAAACAAAUUAAUUCGGAACAAAGGUUUCCUGGGUCACCACAGCCAUCUCGCUACUUCAGGCUUUGAAAGGUCUGGAGGAGCAGGAUGAUGCCCAUCCCCUUACACCCAGCCCCUCCCAAUUUUGCCCUAAAUCUUAGUAAAAAAAAGUCCCUGGCCACCAUUAAUCCUUCUCUCGUGUCCUCCUGGCACAAAAAAAAUGACAUAUAAGAAGGAGGGAUGAGGAGGGAUUUUUUUCCUCAUCCCUCCCAUCUCCUCAGGCAUCAUUUUCUCACACCAAGAGGACAUGAGAACAUAAUUAAUAGUGAUCAGAGACCUUUUUUAGUAAGUUUUAGAGGGUAAAUGGGGGUUUCGGGGUGGCUUCAGGCUAUCCCGAUUUCAAUGUAACCACCUCAAACCCCCCCCCCCCCAACCAGCCUGGGGUUUGGAUGGGUGAGUGGGGACUAUAACCUGCGCCAAAGCAGGUUAUUUAAACCCACUUCAACAUGGGUUUUAGGCCUGUGUAGAAGCAUCUUAAAUGAGAAUAUUCACCUGAUUGACCACCUGUGAAGCACAGUUUUAAAAAAAUCUGCAAUUGCUCUUUUAGGGGCUCCAAAAAGAUAACUGCACUUUACAAUUGAUAGUGCCUCAGAUUUGUGGGUUUAGGGUGUUUUUCCUAAUUGGCUUACCUCUAAGGCUGGAUCUACAGUGCCCUAUAUCCCAGGAUUUGAUACCUGAUUAUCUGCUUUGAACUGGAUGGUAUGCAUCUACACUGCCAGAUAAUCUGGGAUCAGAUCCUGGGAUAUAGUGUGGAAGGGGCCUGAGAGAGGGAGAGGAAAAGGAAGGGCCCUAGCCCUGGAUGGCUGCAGUUUGGGAUUUUUUUAAUUGGUUGACUUUCAAGAGAGAAGGAGGAGAGGCUGGCUGAGCUAAACGCCACUUCCUGCUCCCCCAAUGGCCCACAGAACUAGCAAAAAAGAUGCAUGCAGACAAGAUGACUUCCAGGUUGAAACAAAAGCAAGCAUUGUGCAUGCAGGAGAAAUUCACAAUCACUAAGCAUUAGACCAGUGAUUCCCAAGCUUUUCUUUAGGCAUUUUCCACCUAAGCAUCUCUAAAAUCCUGAUCCUCCACCCAUCCGCCUGUGACAAAUAAUUCUUAUGAUUCAAAAAGUGAACUACUAUUCAUGUAGAGGAAGCCUAAAAGGCCAUUAUUUGGUCUAAACAAGCUUCCAAAGAACAUGGCGCCUAUGAAAGAGAAAAAUAAAUGAACCAAUGAUUUCAGUAAUUGUAUAGAAUACAGGGUUGCAUUUGUAUGUCACCAUAUUUAUUUAUAUACUGUAUGACACCUAUAGGACCAUAAGAAAUGCAAAAAAAAAAUCACUGUUAAUAACUCUUUCUUGAAUUGUAAUCACCAUUAAAUUUUAACUUGUAAAUAUUAAUCUACA